AUGAACUUAUUUUCAACCCCAUUUUUACGUCCGCGCGCCCUUAAAAACCUGCUUUCGCCUGUAUAUCGAUGGAGCGGAUCCCUACCACUUUCCCCGACGCCCCCCGGGGUCCCCGAUGGUCUGGGCGCUCUGCGGCCAUCGUCACCGACAGUGCCCAACUGCUCCUCUUCAAUAUCCGGCUCCCAGCAGGAGCAGCUGCUAAUAGCUGGCGCUGGAGCGCCCUGCGGCCCGCCGCCACCACCGGCAACCUACGCCACCUUUGCCGAGGCUGACGAGGGUAUCAAGGCUCAUGCCCUGAGCAACGGAUACAGCCUCUCAGUCAAGGAGAUCUGGCCUCGAGCCGCUGACGCAACACCCGUUGCUAACGUCAAUGACGAGGCUGGGACUACCAUUGCACCCAGGCUUUCACGGCAAUGGAUGCAAGAUAAUGACGAGACCUACGAUGAUGCUCUCUGGGAUGACGAUGGGUACAAAAAUGGGGUCAUUUCCCAUACAUUUGAGGGCAGAUUGGAUGACCUGUAUGGUCAAGAGGAGCAAGGGGAAAUGGAGGAGUCACAAGCACUUAGCUGUAUCGAGGUUGCAGGUCGUGGUGGAUUCACGUAA